CCAGUUCGACGAGAUGAAAGAGAUCGGUGUGUUCGUCACCGUCAUGUUCUUCGUGUUCGUCAUCUGCAGUUCUUGGGUCCUCAUCAACCUGCUCCUCACGGUCGUUAUACAGACGUUUGUCGAGGUGAGACACGCCCUCGAGAAACGCGCAACGAUACGAGCUGAUGCAGUUCCUCCUGACGCGGAUGAGGGCCUUCUGGGGUCUGGAGGCGCUGCCGGAGAACGCCUCCCCUCUGGUCUCGAGCGGGACGUCAUCCUCGGGCCAAGGCGCUCUCGGGGGCAAGGAGGUCCUCGAGCUGCCGCACAAGGUGGACGCGUUCCUCGACCACGUCAACCAAGUAUACUUCAAUGGUCAACUCGACCUCGACAAGAAGGCCUUCCUCGGCAAUAGCUUCCGCUUGGGCAUCCUCAACGGCGACGGGGACGUGACGUAUCCUUCGGGAGCGAGGAGGAGGAAGCCCAAGGGUUAUCCUCCGUACCUGCGGAAGGAGAAGGCGAAGAGGAGAGAGGAAGGGCGAGAGGAAAUGCCUCAGAAGGAAGGGAGAGGAGAGGAGGUGAACUACGUAGGGCCUCGCUCCGUGAACAGGAUGCAGUAUGAGCUGGACGACUUCUAGCCCUGCAGCGAAGACCCCCCUCGAAGAGAAAAGAAAACGGACCUACGAAAGAAAGAAAACGGACCCACGAAAGAAAGAAAACGUACCCACGGCAAGGAAAAUCGACGAACUUGGGAAGAUAUUUCCGAAGAAAAUCAUGUCGUGUAGAUUAGUUAUGGCCGAUUGAAUACUCUUGGGAGUGAAUGGCCGGGUUUAUGGAGAUGGACAGGAAUCAGACAUGGCGUUGGUUUAUGGUGAUUAAAAGAAAACAAAGGUCGCUAAUGACGACGAGUUUAUGUUUGUGUUUUCAUGUUAUUCGCACAGCAGUUUUGUUGUCAGAGAUCACAUCUUAAGUGUUUCUUAUGUUGCAGAUAUGGUAUGAAUUGUAUCCAGCACUUACAUGUAUGCAUAGAUGUUGGUAUAUAUACAAACACACACAUUCAAAUAUAUAUAAGCACAGCGUCCUUGAACAUUCUAUUGUAAUACCUUAAUGAAAUUAUGAUGAAAUGCU